AUGCUCACCUCGCUCUUUUCUGUCUUGCUUCCCCUCGCACUGGCAUUACCUCAAGUCAGUGCUAGCGCUUCUCCUGAUGCGUGGGCUCAGCUAUUAGACCCCUGCCCGAGAAGCUGCAGUGAAACUGCCUCAUCCGCAGAAUGGGCUAUAUACGAUAGCCUUGACCAGCUGUCUACUUGCAAUCAAUCAACCCUUGUUGAAUUCUCCCUCUACAGUCCCUCGACUGUUAUCCGAGCCUGCUCUAACUCCCCGCAAACUCAAUCUCUGAAGGUUGCACAGGCAGUUGUUGCAAACAAAGACUUUGAAGAGGAAGAGGUCAAGCUUGAGAUCGGAUGGUGGAAUACCAAGUCUUCCGCUCCUGUUGAGGGCGUGAAGUCCGAUGUCCAAAAUGUUCGAAAUGCACUUUCAACCUCCAACAACAGCGGAACUACUACAUCUUUCAGCUACUCCGGCAAUGCACUUGUCGGCCUGUACGCCGGAAAGAAAAUCCUACACUCCGAUGCCGCCAACACUGCAAUCCAGCACUUCGUUGACUAUGCCGAAUCCCAAGACACUGUCGGCCGUGCACUGCUGCAGUACUGUGGCGUUAACGCCAACAAAGGACUCGGUAUCGUCGUGGAUACCACUGGUGACUUCGAAGCCGUGCGCCGUAUUAUGCGAGGCUGGAACGAUGCCGAAUGCCAGUCUGGCUUUGAUGGUAGCAAAAAUAUCCUCGACGGUCGUUUGAGCCUGAAGCGCCCCCCAGUUCAACCAGCCUCUACCUUUACCACCACUGCUUCGAGUCGUGCUACUCCAAGCCACAGUUCCCAUCUUCAAGCCAGACAUUCCAUCCAUCGCCGAGCAACUUGCCAGACCAUUCAGGUUGUAUCUGGCGACAUCUGUUGGUCGCUUUCUACAGAGUGUGGUAUCACCGAGGCUCAGUUCGAAGAGUACAACCCUGUUGAGAAUCUUUGUUCCUCUCUGCAAGUCGGACAGUAUGUUUGCUGCACUCCUGGUGAGCUGCCUGACUUUACACCCCAGCCAGAAGCCGACGGAACCUGUGCAUCUUACGUUGUCCAGCCUGAUGAGUGGUGUUCUACAAUCGCUGCUGCCAACGGUAUCUCCAUUGAUGAUAUUGAAGAAUUCAACAAGAACACCUGGGGAUGGAUGGGCUGCGAUAUCCUCCAGGCCCAGCAGCGUAUCUGUCUUAGCGAGGGUGACGCCCCCAUGCCAGCAAUUGUUGACAAUGCUGUCUGCGGCCCCCAGGUCCCUGGGACGCAAAAGCCAGCUGAUAUGUCAAAGGUUGCUGACCUUAACCCAUGCCCACUGAAGGCUUGCUGCAACAUUUGGGGUCAGUGCGGUAUCACCGACGAGUUCUGCACUAUCACCAAGUCACCUACUGGAGCCCCUGGCACUGCAGCCAAGGACACGGACGGCUGUAUCUCAAACUGUGGUACUGAUAUUGCCAACAAUGAUUCUGGUCCGAGUGAAUUCAUCAGUAUCGGCUAUUUUGAAGCUUGGAACUUCGAGCGUGAAUGCCUGAACAUGGACGUCACUAACUUUGAUUCCUCAACUUAUACUCAUCUGCACUUUGCAUUUGCCGAGAUUACCAGUGACUAUCAUGUCGAUGUUUCUCCCGUUCAAGAUCAGUUUAACAAGAUGUUGAACAUGGGUUCAGUUCGACGUAUUCUGUCUUUCGGUGGAUGGUCCUUCUCAACAGAGGCUGACUCGGCUCCUAUUUUCCGCCAAGGUGUGACGGAUGCCAACCGAGCCCUCUUCGCCACUAACGUCGUUGACUUCAUUGUUGAACAUAACCUUGAAGGUGUGGACUUUGACUGGGAGUACCCCGGAGCCCCCGAUAUCCCUGGAAUUCCUCCCGGUGAUGAGGGAGAUGGAGAGCGAUAUCUGCAGUUUUUGAAACUCGUUCGGGAACGCCUUCCCGAGGGCAAGACCCUGGCAAUCGCUGCACCUGCAUCUUUCUGGUACCUCAAGGGCUUCCCUAUUGCUGAAAUCUCCGAAGUUGUCGACUACAUUGUUUACAUGACCUACGAUUUGCAUGGCCAAUGGGACUACGGCAAUCAAUACGCUACCAUUGGCUGUAAGGGGGGCGAUUGUCUCCGCUCCCAUGUUAACCUUACCGAGACGAUGAGCGCUCUAUCUAUGGUUACCAAAGCCGGAGUCCCAUCCAACAAGAUUAUUGUUGGACUUUCCAGCUAUGGCCGUUCUUUCCAGAUGACCAAGGCCGGUUGCACCGGUCCCAUGUGCCGCUACGUUGGACCGGACUCCGGUGCAACACCUGGUGAAUGCACCAAGACUGCAGGAUAUAUCUCCGACGCUGAAAUCAAUCGAAUCCUCGAGGAGGACGACACUGCUGUCAAGACUUACGACGAGAGCAGUGACAGUAACAUCAUGGUGUACGAUUCUAUGCAAUGGGUGGCGUAUAUGGACCAAAACACCAAGAUCAGCCGAACGGACUACUACCGGGAUCUCAACAUGGGUGGCACCACAGACUGGGCUGUUGAUCUGCAGUCAUUUGCAUGGAGCUCAGGCUCGGGUGGUGGCUCUGGCGGUGGCUCAUUCAACCAGUCCACCGUUUACAUCGAUAACAGUAUCUGGGAAGGUGACGCCGCCAGCCCUGCUGAGAUCCACUGCGUCGCACCCUGUGUGCUUGUUCUCCCUGAUUUCCCGCUCGACGGAACCUCUGUCUAUACUCGUCCCCCGUAUCAUACGACACUUGAUGUGGCAUGGCCAACUGUCACAAAGGUGACGACCAAUGGCGCUGUGAUUACGUCUACCACUGUCACCCGAAUUCUGCAAGAAACAACGAUCAAUGCUCCCAAAGGUAAGUGA